GCUGUGACGCGGCCCGGGCGCUGAGAGUUGGAGAAGUCGCGGAUUUAAAAACUUUCCUUCUGCCAAGUGUGUCCGUGUAAAAGAGCCGCGCGAAGACUCCCCACUUCCAAAAGAGACAAAUAUGUCUUUUUAAACGGCAGCCCGUUCCUCGCACCCGCCACUAAAACCCGCCGCGCUUUGCUCCCGCGACGCACUUUGACAACACUGAAACUAUGGGGUCUCCAGGCGCUCGGACUUCCAGCCUUCGCACGGCUUGUGCUUUUGAGCAACUCUGUCGACACCAUGGCGGCAUCGACCCUUCGCAGGAAAACUGCUCCCAUUUCCACGGGCGAGCUCGGCGCUCCCCCUCUCCGACGGGCUAGCCUCAGCCAAUCACGGCUCGGCGCGGGGGCGGAGCCAGCGGGGAGGCAGCGCUUAAUUGGUGAUGGUCACUCAGAUUGGAUGACGGAAAAAGUCGAUUUGUCUUCGUUUGUGUCUACGACCGAGUCUUCUCCGAGCUCUUCCCUUCCGCCCUCGCCGUUAGAUCAGGAUGUCCGGGUGCCGUCGGACCUGGAGGUGAUGACGUCGCUGCUGCAGGAGGAGCUGGCUCAGCUCGAGGAUUACUUCCGCUCCGAGUCCACGUCCGCCGCCAACAAGUCUGAGAGACCCUCCAAAUGCGAGCGGGGCGCCGCGGCCAUGGGCUCGCAGUCGUACUACCCUCUGCCCUACGGCUCCUACGGCUCCGGCCAGACGGAGCCCAGUCCUGUGGUGGUCACCUUGGCGACGGGGGAGCUGGACCUGGCCGGCUUCUGCGGCAGCCCCAUGGGCAGGGCUAAGAUCGCGCGCCCCGCUCCGUACGGCUACCACCACCGCUACCACCACGGCGGCGGGCGGCGGGUGGUCGGUGAGGCGGCCAAGGCGGUCGAGGACGGCGGGCUGGACUCGUGGGGCUCCAGGGGGUGUUACUCAGGAAGCACGGAGCUGUCCGUCAACCACUACUCCACCCUGAAGACGGUGAGCCGCAACGGCUUCGGCGGCGUGAAGAAGGUCCGAGAAUGUGCGCUGUCGCUGAAGGAGGAGGAGAGCUUCUGCUUCUCCGAGGGGAUGUUCUGCAGCGAGGAGAUCGCCCGCGGCUUCUGCCUGGGCGGCUCGUACGACGCCCACCGGCGCGAGGGUCAGCUGAUGCACAACGUGAAGGUCAACGUAAGUUACGAGGGCGCGGGGCUGGAGGUGCUGCACUGCGGCAAAGACGGAGGACUUUCUGGAAGCGCGCCCCCAGAGACCAUGGUGGCCGGCGACGGCUACUUCCACCAGCCGCCCGCCGCCGAGCCUUACCACAGCUUUAUCGGGGAGCUGGAGCAGCCGGCGCCGGCGCUGGAGCCCCAGCACGGCCACUACCUCUACCCAGAAUGCCUUGCAGACCAAAGCUACGAAUGUCUGUCCAGAGGGGAGGGCGAGGGCUCCCUGCUGGGGGCCCCCGUCCACCGGCCCCGGUUGAAGGACGACCCCUGCGGCGUGAAGCCGGCUCUGGCGAUGGGCGCCGGUCCUAUGGAAGGCUGCACCGGUGAGAGGAAGCAGAAGAAGAGGGACCAGAACAAGACGGCUGCCCACAGGUACAGGCUGCGGAAGAGGGCGGAGCUGGACUCUCUGGAGGAGGAGCUCCACGGCCUGGAGGGCCAGAACCGGGAGCUCCGGGACAAGGCCGAGUCCGUGGAGCGGGAGAUCCAGUACGUCAAAGAUCUCCUGAUCGAGGUGUACAAGGCUCGCAGCCAGCGGCUCAAACAGGACGGCAGUGCCUGAAGGAUCCCGCCGCCUCCGGGCCCAACCCCCCCCUACAGAAGCAGCGCCAGGAUGGAGAGGAAGGCGAGAGAGAGCGCCGUUAUGUGGCAAACAAAGAGGGAACAUGCAUGUUUUAGGUCAUUUUUACAAAUGUAAGUGCUGGAAGAAGGACUGUGGACGUAAGAGACUCCUUGAAAGAAGAGCGCGUGUGAAGCGCGGGCGACCCGCCGUCACCGGCCUGGAGGCAGAGACGGCGAACUUUUCCGUGACCACUGUGAUCCAAGCCGAACUCUCAGCCUCGUCACGACUGACUCGACGAUCGCUCACCACUGACUUUUUCUUGUGAUUUUUGUGACGCAUCAGCAGCAUCGAUUCGAGGCGCAUCCGCACCAAAUAUAUAUUUUAUUUGAUAUUUUAUUUUUGCUUAAUAAUGCUAAUUUAUAAUUUUGCUUCAAACUAAAUAAAAGGAUUGUUGGGAAAAAAAAGUGAAUGAUGAUAAAGAGAAACCCUUAGAACUUGAGUAUUUAGAGCCGCCGAGAAACAAAACUGCAUGUCUGGAAACGCAUGUGCGAGUGUUGUUUUAAUUCCUGCAUGGCUUCAGGAUCUCCGUUCUGCUCCUUAUCAGAGGUUCUGAGUUUCAGUGGGAUCCACGCUCAGGUUCCUGGCUUCAGGAUCUCGGUUUUGCUCCUCAUCAGAGGUUCUGAGUUUCAGUGGGAUCCACGCUCAGGUUCCUGAUUUUUCUUUUGCCGCCUUUUUGUUUUUCUCUGUACGUUGCGAACAAACAAUCACCUGUUGAAGCAACAAUCAGCCGUUGUUGGCUGACGGCACGAAUCUGUGGGAUUUCUGUUUUCACUUGAUUGAUAUGAUGAUGUAUCUGAAAUUCAGGUCCUAAUGUUUGAUGUCAGCGUCAGGAAAUGAGUCAUCAGGUCAACUGCAGCCAAAUAAUCAAAUAAUAAAGCAGAUCUGUGAAAUUA